AUGAGAAUAACAAUAAUUGUACCAUUACAAUUACUUCUAUUAUUUUCAAUAAGUGUCAUCAGAGGAUACGUGUUUCCUGACGAUUUCAAAAUAUGUAAAUCUAUUGACCCAAAUUUGGACGGAUGCCUUGCAGAAUCCAUUCAAGAUGCUUUGUUCAAAUUGGCAAAUCCAGGAAUACACUCGCCAAUCAAUUUGACGAUCAGCAAAGUGACUUUUCCCUAUUUCCUCUUUACUCCUGAUGAUUCAGAACAGAAUACUACCAUCGAAUGUUUCAACUUGACAUACCCAGAUCUGUGGCAAGCUCGGGUGAAAAAUGUGAGUGUAGACCUAUGCAAUCCAGCACUCGACUUUACGACGAACAGUGCGACAGUAACUGCUUUCAUACAACGAUUCAAAAUGUUAGGAAAAAUUAACCAACAAGGGAAACCAGAGCCCAAGCAAGGAGACGGUGCUGCCAUUAUAAGAUAUUAUAAUGUGACUAUGAAGCACUCGCUCAAAUUCAAGCUCACAGAAAAGGACAACGAAAAAUAUCUGGACGUUACGUCCUACAACGUCAAAAUAUCAAUUUCCAGAUCAACAAUUUUCUUCGGUGACGUUGUGGAAGACAACGUUGCACUAGAAGAAGAUGCUCUGGCCAAGAUGGACCAACAGGAUGUGACCUUGGAAGGAAAUCAAAAGAAGAGAUUCCAAACUUUUGGUGCGCUCAUGUUCAGGGGGUUCGCAGGACAGCUCAUCAACAGUGUUCCUAUGGACAGGAUCAUAACUGAUUGGAGCAAAGCAUGUGUCAAUUCGACUUCUUGA